CCAUAUGGCAGAAGAACAGGGUACUAGAUCAUAAAAUGGCUUUCAUGGAAGUAGUCGGACCUGCUAUUAUGAAGAACAUGGUACCUUUUCAGCAGCACCGUGAAGAUCUGGAGAUAUCUUUCAAUGGCUUUGUUCCAAAGCCUGAUUCAGAUAGAGGUUUGACAGGUCAUUCGAACUCAGAAAGAAGUUACAUUUUUAUAAACAGCCGACCAGUGUAUCAAAAAGAAAUUCUCAAGCUUGUUCAACAGUACUAUAGCAUAUUACACAAGGAUUUUAAUCGUUUGUUCCCGAUAUUCUUUCUCAACAUUACUAUUCCUCCAUCUGCUGUGGAUGUCAAUUUACUACCAGAUAAAUCUCAAGUAUUAGUACAUAAUAAGGAAUCUAUCUGUCUUGCUAUUGAAGAGAGUUUGAUAUCAUUAUAUGGACCAUUAAAUAGCUCUGUGUCUAAUGAAAUGAAUACGACCAACAAUACCUCAAAAGAUAUUAAUGAAACCGAACAAGAAGUUAUAAGCAAAUCUUGUACAAGACUAAAUCCACUUGCUAGUACUUCACAAUAUUCACUUAGUAAUGACAUACAAAAUGCAAAUAUACAGGAAAACAGAUUAGUUGGAAAUCAAAGAAUGUAUAAUCAUUAUUCUCAUGAUAUGUCUACUGAAAUUGAAAUACCUGAUAAUGAAAUAGUUGAACACGAUCAAUUUCAGAAUGGCCAACCAAAUAAUGUACUUUGUCAAGAUGGACAGAAUAAGAAAAUAGUUAAUCUAGAUAUUCAGUGUGAAAAUAGCAUGGAGAGUGAUUCAAGAAAUUACACUUUUCAAGAAGAAAAAGAAGGAGCCAAAAAAACUGCAGAUUCAUCUGAAAUCACUGCUGAUAAAUGGAGUCUGGGGAAUGCAUUUAAAAAUUCCAGGGCAGAAAAUCUGGAACCUGUUCAGAUUUUAAUUCCAAACAUGGAUGAAGUAAGAACUCAAAAGAAAAAGAGUGGCUUAGCAAAACUCCAAGAAGAAAGUAACAAUCAAGUUGUUAAAAAAACAAAUGUGAUAAAGGCUAAAAUGGGUCAGAUUACCGCCUAUGACUUAAUUAGCAAUAAGGUUAUCAGGAAAUCCAUGUCAGCAUUCGAACUUUUUGUUCAAGACUAUUCUUCUGAGUCGCUGAGUGAAAUUACCAAAUUAAACUCAGAAAAACUACUGCUGAAAAUGGAAGCAGUGUGGAACUCAUUGAAUGAGGAAGAAAAAAAGAAAUAUGAGGAAAAAGCUGAAAAAGAUCUGGAACGAUACAACAGGCAAAGCAGAAAAGCUACGUGUCAGAAUGUACAAACAUCAGUGAAGGAGAGAGAAAAAAGACACAAGAUCAAACUAAAAGACUGUUUAAAUAAUCAGCAAAAAUUGGACACACUUUUUAACUCGCAAGUAAGAAAGAAGCAUGAUGAUUACCGAGCAAUAAAAACUGUACAACUGCCUUUCUCCAUGGAUGCAUUCAAACAAAAGCUUCAAAGGCUUGAACAUAAAAAGGCAGAUCAAGAGGAAUCUUGCUUAAUUCGCCUUCCGAAUUUUCCUGAUGCAUGGAUACUUGCCUCUGAGGAAAAAAUAGAGAUGCUAAAUCCUUACAGAAUAGAAGAAGCUCUUCUCUUCAAAAAGCUAAUUGAAAAUCAUAAGCUUCCUAUAGAGAAAUUGGACACUCCUAUUACAUUAACUGAGAGCCUUUUUAGUGACACUCAUUAUAUGGAAGUGCUUUGCAGUAUGUCUAGAGAAAGUGCAAGAUUUGAUGGAUCAUCUUAUUUGUUGGAUCCCAGGCUUGUAGCAAAUGGAUUUAAGAUAAGGAUAAUACCAGCUGUGGAAAGUGAGCUGGAAAUAGAAGGAAUGACCAGCUGUCUGCCAUAUUAUGGUAUAUCAGAUUUGAAGGAAAUUCUAAGUGCUGUGAUAAAUAAUAAUGCACAAGAAGUCUAUGAAUGCAGACCUCUUAAAGUGGUAAACUAUUUGGAGGGAGAAGCAGUCAGAUUAUCUCGAAAACUGCCUUUAUAUUUAUCAGAAGAAGAUGUACAGAAUACCAUAAACAGAAUGAGGAAGCAACUUGGAACCCAACAUAACAGCUGUGUCCAUGGUCGUCCAUUUACUCAUUUCUUAACAAAAAUACCACCGAGUAACUAGAAAGGAAUGUAAAAUACUGUUCAAAACCAUAUUUCACCCUUUUACAUAUAUUAUACUAUGGACAUUUAUAUUUUUAAAAUUAGUAUUUGCCUAUAUUUACUGUAUUAGAAUUUGGUUUGAAUUUCAUGUGAAGAUUAUAUUGAAAAUAACCUGUAUUUCUUUCUGCAUAUGAAUAUUCCAAGUUCAUAUCAGCUGGACGUACAUAUUUAACGCUGCGUACUUUUAUUUAUAGAUAACCUUGUAAAAAAUAACAGGAGAAACUGUUAACUAUAAUAUGCAUUUCUACAUCAUAAGCAUUGUUCACAAAAUGGAUAAAGAUAUAAUUUUAUAUUUUUCUUGUUUGCCAUACUUUUUGAUAUAAAAUGCAAUCAAUGUAUUUUUUUAUCUUUUUGUAAGAUACUCCUGAAUAAAAUAUGUGUAAAAACAGA